AUGGAUUGGCAGGAGAAGGAUAUGCUCGUCAUCGACGAGGUGAGCAUGCUCGGGGCGCGGACGCUGCACGCCGUGAACGAGCGGCUUCGCCGGCUUCGCGGAUCGCGGCAAGAUUUCGGGGGGAUCCCCAUCGUCCUCUUCUGCGGAGAUUUUCAGCAGUUCCGGCCGGUCCAAGAGAGGUCGAUCGUCCUGCCUAGCGCGGCCAUCUCGUGGGACGUAGACAACUCGUUCAAGGCCGAGCAGCGUCACCAGCACGACAAAGCGCACGCACUGUGGAAGAGGUUCACGACGGUCGUCAUGCUGGACGAGCAGAUGCGCGCCGCCGGCGACCCGGAGCUGCAGAGGCUGCUGAAGCGGAUCCGUCUAGGCGUGCAGGAUCGGACGGAUCUAAACCUCCUCAACUCAAGGAAUCGGUGGAACCUGAACAUGGAGGCGAGCCUGGCGUUCCGGGUCCAGCAGCGGUCGACGAUGCGCAUUUUCAUCUCCGAGCACAAGUGGAAGGAGGAGCUGCCGACGGAGGAAGAGGCGAUCAUGAUACUCAACCAGGGCGACGAUAGCGCGAUCCCGGGGCUGAAGCUAGUGAACGGCGCGAGCUACUCGGCGGUGGAGGUCAUUGUCGACAAGGCGUACCCGGGGCAUCGGAUCUCGGCCGAUAUGACGAUCCACUUCGGGCCGCCGGCGGGGAUCAUUCUCGAAUCGGAGACGACGAGAUAUCUCCACUUCCAACGCAACGACGUCAGCCGAAAGGGUUUGCCGUGCGCAGCAGCGUUCGCGUGCACGGACUACAAGGUGCAGGGCAAAACGCUGGAGCGCGUGGCCCUCGAGCUGCGAGGGACACGGACGACGAAGAUGGAUGGAACGGUGGUGCCCUCGCAGUGCGACCCGUACGGCCUGUACGUGCAGCUAUCGCGCUGCCGAACUCUAGACGGCAUCAUGCUCGUGUCCAAGGUGCGGGACAGAGACUUGGUGGGCAACCGGGUCCCCGAGGAGAUGACUGCCGCACAGGCCAGGCUCGAGGUACUGAGCGAGAGGACCGUUGAGGAGGCGUUGCGCUGGCUGGACGGUGAUGCUGAAGAGUCAAGGCGGCCGCGCUAG